AUGAUUCGUCUAAAUAGUAUCUGGAAGGUUGACACGGGCAUAUCCUCGGAUCACAUUCAAUCUGGCGUGAUAUCGAAGGAUGUAGAGGGGCUGCCAAGAAAAGUGGUUAUGAGCUGGAUUAUGACCGUGGCACUAGUAAUUAUAAGCGCAAUAGGCUUUGCAACUUUUGCGGAGUCGCCAUGUAUGUUAGCAGACUCCACUGGAUGUCAAGAAGCGCAAAAGAGCAUGUCAUAUUGGCAACAAAUGAUGGUGGGUGUUGAGAAUAUCUCCUUGAUUGGAUUGGUUGCCUACUCCUUUGCCUUUCCAUGUAUAUGCCUCACACUCUUGUACGCUCUAAGAUUCACACUAGUCUGGUGCUCACCUCGUAAUCAGACUAUUGUGGCAGUCGGCCUGGCAUUCAUUGCGAUAGCACUCGGAACGGCAGCAUUUCUCUUCUGGGGAGAUAUCUGGAAUGGAUCCGAAUCCGGAUUUGUCAUGGCUAAUGGAUGGGGCAUGUUUGCACUGUCCAUAUGUCUGGCCAUAACUUUAAUGAUGAUAGCCUGCCGGAGGCUGGUGUCCAAGUGGCAGCGUCCGGUACCGAGCUGGACUAUCAGUAUUUCGUUCACCUUUUUGUUCAUUCCGCUGUGCUUUUUGAUUGCCCUGCUCCUACCGAAAGGCGAGUGGAAGGUUCUCAAUGGUAGUCUACACAGUCCAGAACUCGUGAGCGGUGAAGGUGCGAGUUUUGGACCCGAGAGUUAUAAGUUUUCAAUAUACACAGACGUCGGAGUUUUCUACGCUACAAUCUUCAGUACUUGUCUCGCGAUGACCUUGGCCAAGGAGUACCGCGCCUCGAGAUUGAUGCUUAAGAGAGCAAUGCGUCUUGGAUCCUUCCGAACGACGAUAGGGUCUUUAUUAGCUGCUUCAAUGUUUUUGUUCCUAAAUGUGUUCUGGAUGAUUCACUUCAGUCACCAUCACGAGACGUUGGGAAAGGAGAUCACCUGCCAUGACAUAGAUGUAUGUAGUAGAAUUGGAGUCAGUGCGUUCGUGACAGGCAACACUGCAAAUCUUCAGAUUUCGCUGCUGACUCUACCUAUAGGUCGCACGAAUGUAUUUGGCAAAAUAAUGGGCGUAUCCUGGGAGGCUAGUAUCAAGUGGCAUCGAUUUAUUGGAUAUUUGUUCCUUCUCUUUUCGACAGUCCACGGCGCCUUGUGGUUUGUUCUCUGGUACCUGCGGUCUGACUUCACAGGCAGUCCCGAAUACAUGAAGGGCAGUAUAACCAAUCCGAUCAUUUUCCUGGUUCAUUGUGUCAUGUUGGUGGUCUUCGGUGUGCUUACGCUGCCUUUCUUCCGUCGGACGUUUUACGAGUGGUUCUUCGUUUCCCAUCACUUUUACGCAGUUGUUUUUAUCACUGUUAUCUGGCACGCCGGUCGACUUUGGCAUCUCAUCCUACCCGCAAUUGGACUGUGGGGUAUUGAUCAAGCAAUUCGUUUGUACAGAUGCACAAGGGAUGUGGGGCAGUCGAAGAUCACUGUAUACGGAGAUAAAUUUGUUCGUCUCGACGUUUCUGGACUACAAGGGAAGACAAUUGGUUUCACAACGGGACAAUUCGCGUACAUAAACAUCCCAGCAGUUUCUACUACGCAGUGGCACCCUAUAACGAUAGCAAGCAGCCCCGCAGAGGAUAGAAUCACUUUCUACAUCAAGUCUCUGGGUCUUUGGUCGAGCUCUUUAACAAAGUUGGGUGGCGAGAGCCCAUUAGUUCACCUAGACUUCGGCUAUGGAACACCUCCUGUUUUCAAUGAUUUUGCGAACAUCACGUUCGUUUGUGGCGGAAUCGGUUUCACUACGUGUAUGAGCUUAAUGAGAAGUUUGAUCUAUGCACCUGAACUGUUUCCCAAUGUGAAGCGGUUGCAAAUUAUAAUGAUUAUGAGGGAGAAGGUUCUGUUACGUAUGGCCGAAGAUACUUUGACGUUACUACUGAACAGCAAACAUGACGUUAUAAGCUCUGUACAAAUAUUCUUAACGAGACAAGCCCUCGAUGAACCUGAGGACGAGCUUGACGAGCGUAUCCUAAUACAGAAGAGUUGUGAAUUCGAUUGCGAGAUGCAAGAAAAGCCUGCCCAGAAACCCCAUAUUAAGACAGUGAACGACUGCGACCAAAACAAUUGGUCGAUUGACCAAGGAAGACCAAAUUUGGAAGAUAUCGUUUUCGGUGAUUUGGUGGUGGCGUGUGGCGCGCAAAAGCUUAUUGAGAUUGCUCGAAAUGUUGCUGAUAAAAAAGGGGUGGUUUUCCACAAGGAACGUUUCCUUUUCUGA